AAUCCAAAUAGAGGGCUUUCGGUCGAGGAACAUGGCGUCUAUCAUGCUGGUGCUGUUUGUUCCGCCGUUGCCCAUAGCCCGAGGACUUCUCCGGAACUGUUGGAAGCAGCUGCAGCAGAAACUUCUGCAGAGCCGACCAGGUUUUCCCAGUCCUCCAUGGGGACCAGCGUUAGCGGUCCAAGGUCCAGCUAUAUUUUCAGAACCAACAAAUGAUACCAGUGGAAGUACGGAGACGUCCAGCCUUUUGGAUAGUAUAUUUUGGAUGGCAGCUCCUAAAAACAGGUGCAGCAUUGAAGUGAACCAGUGUAGGAGAAGAAAGCCUCAUAAGCUUAUUAAAGUUAAGAACAAUAUAGACUUUUGUCCUGAAUGUGGUCACCUGAAACAGAAACAUGUCCUCUGUGGCUAUUGCUAUGAGAAGGUGUGCAAGGAAACAGCAGAAAUCAGAAGACAGAUAGGGAAGCAAGAGGGGGGCCCUUUCAAGGCUCCUACUGUGGAGACUGUGGUGCUGUACUCGGGGGAGACGCCCUCCGAGCACGAGCAAGGCAAGAGGAUCAUUGAGCGAGAGAGAAAGCGGCCAUCCUGGUUCACCCAGAAUUGACAUCAAACAUGUUUCAAGAAGAUAGCUUCACGUAAGACCUUUCUCCUGAAAAAGGAAUAUUCUUUGCUUUUACAUUGGUUGUGUGCUUAUUUUUAAAUCAUUGAUGUAGCUUCAAACAUCCUUUAUAAGCAGUUAGUUUUUUGCAGGUAAUUUGCAUCAGGAGUAAAGUCUAAAUGUUUCUGCAAA